UCCUUAAUCAACCAUUUUAGUCACAUUUUAAACAUCAGUGAUGGCAUAACUUUCUUCAGAAUGAAGAACCCUUGUCUCAGUCUAGCCCUUUGGGGCUUUCUCACUAUCAUUUUCCUCUUCUCUAAAUCAUCUCAGCAGGCUGUAGCCCCUACUACUCUUCCCACACCAAAUCCUAGACUCUAUUUGGCUUUCUUUGCCCUCAAAGCUUGGAAACAUGCCAUCACUUCUGACCCCAACAGCUUCACCACAGACUGGUUUGGUCCUCAUGUGUGCAAUUACACCGGCGUUUACUGUGCACCAGCCCCAGAUGACAAUCUCACCGUAACAGUCGCCGGAAUAGACUUAAACCACGGGAACAUAUCCGGUUACUUGCCAGACGAGCUAGGCCUCCUCACAGACCUUGCUGUCUUCCACAUAAACUCAAAUCGUUUUUGCGGUAGUGUACCUGAAACCUUCAAAAAGUUGAAACUUCUUUACGAGCUUGAUAUUAGCAACAAUAACUUCAGUGGUCAGUUUCCUUCUGUUGUUCUUUCUUUACCUUCACUCAAGUUUCUCGACAUCAGGUAUAAUCAAUUCAGUGGUGUUAUCCCCUCAGCCAUUUUUGAUUUAACACUUGAUGCAUUGUUCAUCAACAAUAACAACUUUCAAUCAUCUUUACCACAGAAUCUUGGGAACUCUAAUGUAUCAGUGCUUGUCUUGGCAAACAAUAACUUAAACGGUUGCAUACCGUCGAGUUUGACAAAAAUGGCAGGGACCCUUCAUGAAAUCAUUCUCAUAAAUAUGAGUUUGACGGGUUGUUUGCAACAAGAUUUGGGGGCGUUCAAAGAAGUGACAGUCUUUGAUGUCAGCUUUAACAACUUGGUUGGGUCGCUACCAGAAUCCAUAGGAGAAAUGAAGAAAUUGAAGCAGCUAAAUGUAGCUCAUAAUAAGCUAUCUGGUUAUAUUCCAGAGAGCAUUUGCUUAUUGCCCCAGUUGGAAAAUUUCACAUACUCUUAUAAUUACUUCUAUGGCGCCUCACCAGCAUGCUUCAAGUUACAGGAUAAAGAUGACCAGAAGAAUUGCAUUAUUGAUAGGCCAAACCAGCGAACAAUUGAGGAAUGUAAGUCAUUCUAUUCCUUUCCUAUUGAUUGUGCUGCAACUGGUUGCUCAGCAAGUCCACCUCCUCCUCCUCUUCCAUCACCACCUCCACCUCCACCACCACGGCCAACAAAGUCACCAAAGCAUCAUCCACGUCAUCCAUGAUCAACAUAAGGAUAAGAGGGUGGCCGCCACAGAACAAUAAUUCUUUCUUUAAUGAUGCUGAUAUAUUAAUUUACUAGUUUGAAACAGAAUAUAGGGAGGGGAUAUUGAUUUGAUUUUAGCUUUUUUCCUUUUUUUUUUUUUUUUUUUGAAGAUUAGCUAUCCAAGAUCCAACCUGUUCUCAUAAACUAUAUGCAUAGUUGAAAGAACAGAAAAAUAUGAUGCAUGCCACAAUGUUUUAAUUAAUAAAGCACUGUUAACCCAUGAAUGAUUAUUGUCAGUGGUCUGUGAUUGUGAUAUGCCAUUAAUUACUUGUAAUUGUGCGGUUGUGAAU